AUGUCGUGGCCAUACCAUUUCAUUUCUCUCUCGGAAAACGACAAGCUGCAUCGCAGGGAGCUGCUUGAUCUUCGCGGCUAUUACGCACAAUGGUCAAUCAUUGUUGUCAUCGUCGCGGUUCGAAUUUUUCGCUUUGCUACGAGAUCAACUGCUAAGUGGGAUGGCCCAGUUUCUGGAAAAACCCGACAGUACCUUGUCUGCGGGCUGUGGCUACUAUGGCUUCUAGGCCUUUCCAUAUGGAACAGUGGUGAUGAUUACCUCCAUUUGACCAAAGCAUUGGGGCGAGUUGGCCUGUCCCAACUGCCACUGCAGGUUCUAAUGUCUCCGGCAUACAUCUCUCGGCCGGCAGCCUCAUCUGUACUGUCUCUUCUUACUGGUAUCCCUCAGCCAACGUUGACUCCGUACCACCGUCUCUUUGGUCGGGCGGUGGUCUCUCUUCUGCUGGCUCACGCCGCGCUGUACACGCUGUUCUUCGUGCAAUCCAGCCAUCCUGACUUUGACUUAUGGAGAACCCUCCUGACGACCUUAGCCUCGCUCUCCUUCUUCAUGCCUCCCCCCAAUGGCAGCAUGCGCAUUCAACGGUUGAUUGUAUUACUUGCGAUCGGCGUUCUUGCCUGUCUUUCUCUCCUACUACUACGAUCAUCGAAGCACUCCGAGCCGCAGCCCAUAGAUUUGCCUCCUCCCGAACCAAUACAACACCCUCAGCUCCAUGCGGGGCAGAACACAUACCUCCCCGAAAAGGAACACCCGAUCACGCGUCUGGUUGGAAAUGCCCAACAAGAUUUCAAUCAUGCGCAGUCCCGGCAAUCCAAAACCCUGGCCGAGGCCGUGACUGAAUACAAGCGUCGCUAUAAUAUGCACCCGCCGCCAUUUUUCGACAAGUGGUUCGAGUUUGCCCAGUCGAGAAAUGUACAGCUCAUCGAUGAUUUCGAUACCAUCUACCACACCCUCCUCCCCUUCUGGGGUGUGAAACCUAGAACGAUUCGCGAACGGGCGCGCGAGACACUCGGAUUUGACAAUGCGAUGAUCGGUGUUCUAAUUCGCGACGGCAAGGUGUCCUUAACGGAUGGAGGGGGCGACGCCGGUAAGUGGCAGCGAGACGCCACGGCCGGUAUGAUGAAGUCUUUCGUGAAAUACUUGCCCGACAUGGACCUGGUGUUCAACACUCACGAUGAGCCGCGCGUAAUCCUCCCCAGCGAAGACCUCCAGCGAUUGGUGCAGACAGCCAAGGAUUUCACUAUCCCAGCAGCGUUCAAGAACACUCCGACCAAUGCGUGGUCCCCACGUGCUUCGGACCUAAACAAAGGCGAUCGCAUCGACGAGGUGCGCACCACUCGUUUCAACCGUUUCGCACACCAACCGACCUGGACAAAUUCCCGAGUAUCUUGUCCGGUUAACAGCCCAGCGCGCUCGCUCGAAGAAAAUCCCACUGAUGACGUUGAUCCCUAUGCCUAUGGCGAACUCGGCUUCAUCUACAACACCACGGCGGCCUCUGACAUCUGCAAUACCCCCUCCCUCCGCCAUACAUACGGAUUCUUUGACCGACCCAACGCCUUUGAUGUCGUCCACGAUCUGUUCCCCGUCUUUUCACAGAGCAAGAUCUCUAGCUUCCAGGACAUUAUUUACCCAAGUCCUUGGUACUGGGCCGACAAGGUUCCCUACGAUACUGAAAAGGACUAUGCUUGGGAGGCUAAGACCGACCGAAUGUACUGGCGUGGCUCUACAACCGGUGGGUUUUCGCGUGCGGGUGGCUGGCGCCGACAACAUCGGCAGCAAUUUGUCGACAACGUCAACGCCUUAGGCACCACUCAAAUUCUCGCUCGCCAGGGGGACAGCUGGGUUUCCCAGGUUAUCAACCGAGACGCCUAUCGUGAUUCCUUCGAUGUCAAGUUCACAUUUAUCGGCCAGUGCGACCCGGACGACUGCAACGCGCAGACUGCGUACUUUGGAGUGUUCAAGCAGGCUGGGCAACAAGAUGCGUGGGCGCACAAGUUCCUAGUCGAUAUCGAUGGGAACGCUUUUAGCGGGCGGUUCCACGCUUUCUUGCAUAGCAACAGCUUUGUCUACAAGAUCGCCAUCUUCCGCGAAUGGCAUGACGAGUGGUUGAAGCCCUGGGUACAUUACGUCCCUCUCAGCUUGAAAGGCAACGAGUAUGUCGAGAGCAUGCGAUACUUCACUUCAGAAGAAGAGGGCAAAAAGGCCGCCCUUCAAAUCGCUAAUCAGGGUCAGCGCUGGGCACAGCAGACCCUACGAAAUGAAGACCUGGAGGUUUGGUUCUUCCGGUUACUCCUAGAGUAUGGUCGCUUGGUAGACGACAACCGUGAACAACUAGGGUUCGUUCUUUGA